UGAUGAUGAGGAUAUAUGUUUAUAUUAUUAUUACAUGAUGAUAACUACCAACCAAACAGAAAAAACAUACACUCCUCCCAAUCGAAUGACAAUCACAUGUGAAAAGAGUGUGAUUAAAAAAAAAAAGUUUGUUAGUUUUUUUCUCUUUCUCUCUCUCUCUCGUUCGAUAUGUUCUCGAACAGAAAUAAUUGACAGCUGAAAAUUUUUUUUGAGUAUAAAACUCGGUGAUUUGAUCCAUAUUUUGAUCCGGUGAUUUAGUGAAUGUUUGUUUGUGUGCAAAAUUAAUUCUAAAUUUUGAAAUCUACAAUUAAACAAAAAAGAAAACAAAAAUGUAUCGAUAUCAACAACAACAACGAACUUUAUUAUCAUCAAUGAUGAAAAUGGCCAUCACAUCAUCAUCUGAUCAAUUUAUGAUGGUCAAUCAAAAAAUUCCUACUUCAUUUGUUGUAAUGAUACAAAUGAAUCGAUCAAAAUCAUCGUAUGUAAAAUCAAAUCGUGUAUUGAAUGUUGUUUCGAAUGUUAAUCGACAAAGUUAUAAUGAAAAACAUUUUGAGGCUAUAUUGAAAUCACCUGUUGCCAUACCAUUAUCAAGAAAUAUUGAUUCAAGAACUAAAACAGAGAAAAAAAUUCAAUUACCAUCAAAUAUUGUUAUGCGUUAUUGUCCAAAUAGUGAUGAAGAUCAAACACAAAAUUUGGCUAUAACCAAAACUCGACAAUUAUCCAAACGUCCAUUGUUAUUGUUUUUUGGUUGGUUAGAAGCAAAAGAAAUUCAUAUGGAAAAAUAUCGUGAAUUUUGGUUUGAACGUGGUUUUGAUAUACUUUCAGUACGAACAUUACCAAUGCAUUUAUUAUUACCAAAAAUUGGUGGCCGUAGAAAUGCUGAAACAAUGAUUAAUUUUUUGGCUAAUCAUCAUCUUGUCUAUGAUGAAAUACUCAUACAUGGAUUUUCUGUUGGUGGAUAUCAAAUGGGUGAAAUUUUUCUUUAUUUAAAAGAAAAUAAAGAUAAAAAUGAACGAAUACGUCAUAUCUAUGAAUCACUUAAAGGUAUAAUUGUUGAUUCAUUAGUAUAUGCACAGGAUUGCCCACCAGGUGCAUCAAAAGCCAUAACAAAUCAUCCAAUAUUUCAACCAAUGUUGGAAAAAACUAUUGAUAAAUUUUUAAAAUUAACAAAAUCAUUUACAUAUGAUCGUUAUAUUAAAGUACAGGAUCUUAUGUUUGCAAAUGAAUCAAAAUUACCAGGAUGCAUUCUACAUUCAAAAGCUGAUGUUGUCAGUAGUAUUACACAUAAUAUUGAAAUAUAUAAUGGAUGGAAAUCAAGAAAUCCAGAAAAUUCUGAAUUACAUUGUUGGCAUGAUGCAUUACAUGUACUUAUCUAUAAAAAAUAUCCAGAACAAUAUACAAAAAUUGUUGAUGAAUUUGUUGCAAACAAAACAAAAAUUACAAAAGCAAAAAUACCCAAAAAAGUGAAAAAACAAUAGACAAUUAUUUGGUGAAAUGAAGAAUCAUGACGAUGGUGAUGACGAAAACGAAAUUAGUCAAAUUCAAUUUCCUAAACGGCCUGAUUAA